AUGUCUGCCAUCUACAAAGCGUUGCAGUCUAAGCUGUCGAAAGACAGUUCCGAAAAGGCCAAGCACAUCAACAGACAAAGAGUCUUGGUGAUCUCGUCGCGUGGUGUCACUUACAGACACCGCCACUUGAUCCAAGAUUUGCUCCAGUUGAUGCCGCACGCAAGAAAAGAACCCAAGUUCGACUCGAAAAAGAACUUGAACCAGCUUAACGAAGUGGCAGAGUUGUACAACUGUAACAACAUUUUCUUCUUCGAGGCCAGAAAGCACCAGGAUCUCUACCUUUGGAUUUCCAAGCCGCCUAACGGACCUACGAUGAAAUUCUACAUCCAGAACAUGCAUACUUUGGACGAAUUGAACUUUACGGGCAAUUGCUUGAAGGGCUCCCGCCCCAUUUUGAGUUUUGACAAGUCCUUUACCGACUCUGCUCACCACCUGCUCAUCAAGGAGAUGUUCACACAUACAUUUGGGGUUCCGCCUAAUGCCAGAAAAUCUAAGCCCUUCAUUGACCAUGUGAUGACAUUCUCUAUUGUCGACAACAAAAUCUGGGUCCGUAACUACCAGAUUGCCGAAACAGUUGAUGCUAAAGAAUCAGAAGAUGCUGUUGACACCGAAGGUUUGUCCUUGGUGGAAAUUGGACCACGUUUUGUCAUGACAUUGAUCACGAUUUUGGAAGGUUCGUUUGGUGGACCCAAGAUCUAUGAGAACAAGCAAUACGUUUCUCCUAAUGCUGUCAGGGCUCAAUUGAAACAACAGGCAGCAGAACAGGCUAGGUCCCGUGCUACAGCUGCUUUGGACCGUAAAGUAAAGCGCAGAGAGAUGGUGAUGAAGGCGGACCCAUUGUCCAACGAGAGCUUGUUUAAGUAG